AUGUUACUAAUAUCUUACACAGUUUUUAGUGUACCAGCCUUUCCAGAAUUGGAAGCAAUUCUAAAUGUAGCAACGGGUUCCACCAGCAGAAUGUACAAGUAUAGAAAGUCUUCAAAAGCGUUCAGGUAUCAGAACCCAGAUGGCUCCCACAGAAGCAGAACCUGUAUAAAUAAAGAGCAAGCCAAAAUCCUACAAGAUGCUUUUGAUAAAAAUCAAUUCGUAGAUAACCAGACACAAAUUAACUUGGAGCAAAUUACUGGAUUACCAGGAAAGGUUAUUAAAGUUUGGUUCCAAAAUAGGCGUAGGGAGAAGAAAAUUGUGAAAAAGUUUAUAGAAUUGUAA